AUGAUGGGCGCCUACCUCCAGCUCCAGAUGAGUCCAUCUGUCCUUCUCGUGGCCUUGAUGUUUUUCAUGCAAGGUCACGGGAAGUUCUCCGUUGGUGAAAAGGGCUGCGGAGCGGGCAUAUCAGGAACCAAUGACAAGGCGGUGGAGGUGCAUGGCAUCUUCGCCUUCUCGCAGCUGCGCCAGUGCAACACGAGCGGCUGCAACGUUAAACUGGACAUCCAAGCUCUGCAGCUGCAACCUAUGGGGAAUUUUUCACUGACCAAACCCGUCAAAGGAUGCGUUCAAGAUGGCGACUGCACCAAGGUCCGGAAAGGGAGCAAUGCCAUCACCCUCUCAGGCUCCUGUUGUUCAGGGAAUCUCUGCAACACGAAUCUCUCCAACAAAACGCAUUUCUCCACCUCCAUUCCAAGGCCGGCCUUCCUGCCUGCUGAAGAGACCAAGAACGCAACCGCCACGACCCCUCCGACAUACGUCCGGGUCAACGCAGCCACAGUGGUGGCUUCCACUUCCAGCAAGAUCACUCGUUCUCUUGGUGUGAGCCCAUCGGUGGGCGGCCCUCAGAAGGACCACGGUCACGACCACGACCACGACCACGACCACGACCACAGUCACGAAGAGGAUGAAAACAACGUCGUCGUUCAAAAUAGGAAGGUGGUCCCUUCGGUGCAGGUUGAAGAAAGAAAAGUUGGUGGGCCAAAGGGAGGUGUAGCAGGCUUGCAGGGGUCCCUCCUGGUGACUUUGGUCCUCCUUGGCUUGUCUCUGUGAAGGUGAAUCAAGGAGCAAACUGACAUUCAACCUUCUUCCCUCUUUUUUUCCUUCGCCCGAUCAAAGCUUAUCGCGUCCAGCUUUGCCUCAUUCGGUACGAUCUCUCCCACUCUGAGCAGGAAGCUGGACUAGAAGACCUCCAAGGUCCCUUCCAACUCUGUUGCUAUUCUGUUAUUCUGUUUUGUCUGCCUGUAUUAGGCCUCUUCUCAACAACCCGGCCUUUUGGACAUAAUGUCCGAUUCAUGACAUUCUGAGUAUUGGAAAUAAAUUGUCCUUUGGCGCGCUUCUCUGUAACAGGUACUCCUUGACUUACAGUGAUCCGUUUAAUGACCGUUUAAAGUCCAAGGGGCACCAAAACAAGUGACCUUCAACCGUCCCUUGCACUUAUGACCAUCACAGCAUCCAAAAAGUCACGUGGUCGAAAUUUGGGCAUGUGGCAACAGGGAAAUACUUAUAAUAGUUGCAGCAUUUUCCAGGGUGAUGGGAUCACCAGUUAUGACCAUCCACAUGACAAGCAAAGUCAAGGAGAGAAGCCAGAUUCAUUUAAUGACUAUAUGGCUCACUUAACAACUGCAGUGAUUCACUUAACAACCAUGACCAAAAAGGGCAUGAAAUUGGGCAUAAGGCACUUAACAAGCACCUUACUUAGCAGUAAAAAAAAAAUCUGUUCUCAAUUGUAUAUCUUAGGUCCAGAACUACCUGUACCUUAUUUUCACAGUAGCCACUAGAAAUCAAGAUAUAAUAAGAUAUAAUAAGAGCCGAGGUGGCGCAGUGGUUAGGGUGCAGUACUGCAGGCCACUUCAGCUG